GCCAAGUGAAGUGCAGAUAUUACAUUUUAAGGCUGGUAUAAAAAAGGGCCUCUGUUGUAACUACCUCAUUGCACCCGUGUUAGGAAGCCCCUUAGCAUGGGUAGUUUCGGAACAGUAUGGAACGUACUCCAGAUGUUUUUUUUUUAAUUUUGACAUUUUGUUUUGACUUUAUGAUUAUGUCUUGUAGUCUGUGGAUUAUGUUGUUGUGCGGUACUAUGUGUGUAAGGCAACAUUUAACAAAUUCAAGAAAUCUAAACAAAACCAACCAGAAGCCAUAAAAUUAAAAAAAGUAGAAGGAACGCGCUAAAGAGUUAAAAUGUAUAGAAUAACUGGUACAAAUUUAUUUGGACAGUGGUUAGAGGAUGACCAUAUAAUUUCUGAUUUUCGCUCAAUAACAAGGAAUUGUAAUAACUACAAUAACUUUGAUAUAGAGACUGCAAAAUUAUUGCAAAUAUGUUGGUCGUAUAAUAUUUUCCAACUCGGGAAAGAUUUUUUUUUAACGGGACACUGGAAUUGUAAAGAAAACAAAGUUGUGAAAGUAGAGUUACCAAAGGAAUAUUACACAAGUGCAUGUGAAUCAAAUCUCACUAUGGUUGGCAAUGACUACAACAUAAUACUUGUUGAUAAAAAAUAUAAUUUCUUGUGGAUUAUGGAUUUGCAAAAGAAAAUAGGCUCAAGAAAAAUAAAUUUGACUACCGAAGCACCAUUAGAAAACAGUUCUAAACGAAUGCGAAGUGAAAGUAACAUAUCUAAAGUUGCCCUAACAAACAAUUCUUGUCUCUGUUUGACUUCAGAUGGAAGUGUUUAUAAUGGACUUUUACCUAGUCUUUUGGACACAAGUCACUGCAUAGGCAAAGUCUGUGAUAUCAGAAGUGGCUAUGAACACUUUAUAUUGCUUACUGAUUUAGGUCAUGUCUAUACUUGGGGAAAUGGAAGACGACUACAAUUAGGACAUGGCAAUUUAGAUAACUUGGAAACUCCAACAGAAGUAGAAGCACUAGCUGGCAUCAAAAUUAUUAAAAUAAGAGCUGGAGGAUGGCAUUGCUUGGCUCUUAGUGAAUUUGGGGACUUGUACACUUGGGGAUGGAAUGAUAGUGGCCAGCUUGGUGUGAGGCAUCCAGACACAAAAGGAGUCUUAAAUAGAGAAGGACUUAAAAGUUAUCCCUUUCCCACAUUGGUAGACAUUUUAAAUCAAAAUGAGGAAGAAAUUAAUAUGAAUAUAAAAGAUAUUGGUUGUGGUUCAAGACAUACUGCAAUAAUGCUUGAAGAUAAUUCAAUAUGGACAACAGGUUAUAAUAAAUAUGGGCAGUUGGGAUUUUCACCAGAGCUUAACCCUACAGUGAGCUAUUUUAAAAAGGCAUUCCAAUGUGAAAAGGAUUUUGUUAUUGAAUGUGGACAUUGGUCAACUGUUUUGAUAAAUACUAUUAGUGCAAGCAAAUAAGCUUUAGUUUCCUAUAUAAUUGUUUACCCUGAGUUGAAUCAAUUUAUUUUACCGAAAAGCAGUGAACCAUGUCAAAUAAUAUUAAUUAUAUUCAAAUCAUGGACAUAGUCAAAUUGUGAAUGAGAAUACAGGUUCCAUAUUUGUUGGUUGGCUGCAUCUGUACAUAAAACGAUCCAGUGCUCGCUGCAUCCAGUGAGUCCCCCCGACUU